AUGGCAAAUAUGAUGGGUCAAAUGCCACUUCCACGACUAUCAAAGUCGAAUUAUGAGAACUGGAGUAUCCAGAUGAAGGCGCUGCUGGGAUCGUUAGAUGUAUGGGAAGUAACUAACGACGGGUUUGAAGAACCAUCAAAUACGACGACAAACACAGCUGCUCAGAACAAGGCAUUGAAAGAAACACGAGCAAAUGAUAAAACAACAUUAUACAUGCUGUUCAGAGCAGUCGACGAGUCAGUUUUCAAAAAGAUUGCUGGUUCGACUAUGUCGAAGGAGGCGUGGGACACACUAGAAAAGGCUUUCAAAGGCGAAGAUAGAGUCAAACAAGUUCGAUUGAAGACUCUUCGAGGAGAAAUGGUGAGAAUGAAGAUGAAGGAUACAUAG